GCAACACAAUCAGUGAGCUGUCACAUUUCCGUUCGGAUCGGGUGAUUCUUGGAUUUUGCUCAUUUUUCCUACAAAUAAGCGUAAAAUAACUUAAAAAUGGCCAAGAAGACUUACGAUUUAUUGUUCAAACUGCUCCUCAUCGGCGACUCCGGCGUGGGAAAGACUUGCAUUUUAUUUAGAUUUUCGGACAACCAUUUCACGACCACUUUUAUUUCCACUAUCGGUAUCGACUUCAAAAUAAAGACAGUGGAGUUGCGGGGAAAGAAGAUAAAGCUGCAGAUCUGGGACACGGCGGGCCAGGAGCGUUUCCACACCAUCACGACAUCUUACUAUCGUGGUGCCAUGGGCAUCAUGCUGGUUUACGACAUCACCAAUGAAAAAACAUUUGAUGACAUUGUCAAGUGGCUCAGAAAUAUAGACGAGCAUGCAAAUGAGGAUGUAGAGAAAAUGAUCCUCGGCAACAAGUGUGACAUGGAGGAGAAGCGUGUUGUCAGCAAGGAGCGUGGAGAGGCGAUAGCGCGCGAACACAGCAUUCGCUUUAUGGAGACCUCGGCAAAAGCGAACAUCAACAUAGAGCGCGCCUUUUCCGAGCUAGCCGAGGCUAUCCUCGACAAGACUGCCGGACGCGGUACCGACAGUGACGCUGCCCGCAUCGCCGUGGAGCGCCGGCCGUCGCGCGCGCCGCAGCAGCGCGCCUGCUGCACGUAGGGCGCCCCCCGGGCCCGGAGGCCGGGAGAGGCCGCAGCCGGAUUCUGAACGAUUGUGGCACCAAAACUAUCACGUUGCUGCUGUGGAUCGUUUCAGGGACAGUACAAGUGUUUAGUUACGAUGUAAGAGCGUUUAGUCGGUGUAACUUUCCUUUAUAAACCUGUGGAAAUAUUACUGCAAUUUUCUCGUCGUCGGGGUGCAGCUCUGACACAAACUGUAAACCAUAGUCUAACUUAUGUAUACCACUAAACGAUUUUUCUAGGUUUUCACAGAUAAUUUGUUAUGAAUAAGGUGGUUUGCUUACAGUUUGUGCUGCAUCCUUCAGCGCAGUCUUAUAACGUAAUACUGGAAGUUGAGAGUGAUUCACGGUGUUUCGUUAGACUUCUAUUAACCGGGAUAUAGUCCGUGAUUACCUUUUCGAUUUCUGUUACCCGUGAUGCAUGCAAUCGAAAAGAUAUUCAUGGUCUAUAUCUCGGUUAAUAUAAGUUUUGCGUAAUACCUUAUAUUUGAAAUGCUUUCAAAACUCCCACUUCCAAACUUUUGUAUUUAAUGGAUGAAAAUUCUUGAACACCAAAAUGUGUUAAAUAUUUAAUCAGCCACUUGUACCAUCCUUGAAAUGAGACUUGGAAACAUGCAAUUUAUUUUUAAAGAAACAGUUUUGUACACACUAUAGGCCACUUUAUAGUAAGUGCAGAGGGCGGGCAGACAGUAGCUUUCGAUAAUAUUUAUAUGUAACUAUAUAGGUAAUGCUUUGUUAUGUUAAAAUAGAGAUGGCCAACCUUUUAAAUUCAGGUCAAUGUAUUGCCUAAGUGCGAAGUUGGUGGUAAGAGAAAUACAGUUGACGCCAACGCCCGAUGUGGUGCAAAUUUGAACUUUCGCGGCACAAAAUCAAAAUAAACGAUAUGUCGAAUAAAAAAUAUGUAUAUGUAAAACAAG